UAGAAAAAGCCUCAGUAGGCAUACAAAAGAAUCAAUAUAUUAGCAAUUGAUGUGAACUGAAUGAACAGCAACAAUUUAAAGUUCAAAAUCCAUCAUUCAUUAUUCCACAUACAUUAGGCUACCUCCAAUUUUUGAACUAUACCAAAUUCUCUCUCUCAAAACAACACACUCAAUAAUCUCUCAGUUUGUCAUUAAAUCUAACCGAGUUAACAACUGUUUUUCUAUAGUUCGUGUUUAAAACAACAAAAAAAGUUUCUUAAAAAUAUAAAAGAAUUAAAAAAAGAAAAGAAGAAAUCAAAAAGUGUAAUGAAUUAAUCGUGUUAGUGCUAUGAACAAUGUUAUUAUGGCCAAUAAAAAAGAUAUGCUAGGGCCAAUAUUAUUUCAAAAUAAAAGAAAAUGUGAAAUAUCGAUUAGAAAAUUCUAUGAAUCAUUAUUGCUAAUAAUUUGUGUUGUAACAAUACUAAAUAAAGGAUUUCCAUUCAAUUCUGUUGACGCCCUUGAACAUCAUCUUGAUUCAACAGACUUUAAUAAGCACACUGUAAUAGAACCGAAAAUUUUACAUGCAAGACAUAAGCGAGCUAUAGCAGGAACACUAGAAGAGGACGGUACUCAUGCCACCCACAUUCAUCUCAUAUAUGAACACAAUAACAAAGAUGUGAUAUUAGAUUUACAUUUGAACGAUAAUUUAAUACCAAUAGAGCAUUAUAUUAGCUAUCAACUCCCGAAUGGUGAUAAGACGAUAAAAAACUUUACAAAGACUGAUAUCGAUCUGUGUAAUUACCAAGGCAAAAUACGUCACAAGCCAGAAUCAUCUGUCGCUUUAUCGACGUGCAAUGGAAUCCGAGGUGUCGUUUUUGACGGUAGAGAUACUUACUACAUUGAGAAUGAACCGAAUGGACCAGAUCGUAAACAUUUUCUCAUAAGACAUUCUGAUUUAAAGCAUGAGCACAAGUGUGGAUACGAAGGGGGCAUUAAUAGUACGCACGAUAUUGAGUUAAGUCACAUGACGGAAUUUAAUCGAAUAAUGCGAUACAAGCGGGCUGCUCCUAGUAACAACAUAAUUCGCGGUCCCUACAAUGCUAAUAGACGUUCAAAUUACGUUGAACUGGUGCUUGUCGUUGACAAUAAAGUGUUCACAUCAUUAGACAGUGAUAUAACAAAAGUUCAUCAGCAUUGUAAAGACAUAGCGAACAUCAUAAAUGCAUUAUAUGUUCCAUUGAAUAUAUUUAUUGCUUUAUUGGGUGUUGUUAUAUGGACGGAUAAGAAUCAAGCAUCAUUGUCGAGCGAUGGUGAUAAAACACUCAGAAAUUUUCUAAAUUAUCGAAAAGAAAUCCUCAUAAGAGAACAUCCAAAUGAUAAUGCACAGCUAUUGACUGGCGAAGUAUUUGAAGGCGGUGUCGUUGGGAAAGCAUUAAAGGGACCGAUUUGCACAUACGAAUUCUCUGGUGGUGUCUCAAUGGAUCAUAGUAAAGUCAUAGCUAUUGUCGCUACAACAAUAGCACACGAAAUGGGACAUAAUUUCGGUAUGGAGCAUGACACUGAUGAAUGUAAAUGCCCUGAUGAACGAUGCAUUAUGUCUUCGUCAUCAUCGUCUGUAGCUCCAACACAUUGGUCAUCAUGCUCGAUUGAUCAAUUGAAUCUUGCCUUCCAUCAUGGCAUGAACUAUUGCCUUAAAAAUAAACCUGCAAAACUUUUUGAAUCUCCAAUUUGUGGGAAUGGUUUUGUGGAGGCUGACGAGCAAUGUGAUUGUGGAUUGCCACAGUACUGCAAUAAUUCUUGCUGUAAUCCGUAUACAUGCAAAUUGUAUCCAAAUGCAACAUGUGCCACCGGAAGUUGUUGCGACUUGGCUACAUGCUCACCAAGAAAUGCGGGUAUACUUUGCCGUGAAACAUCAGGUGAAUGUGACUUGCCAGAGUAUUGUAAUGGUGAUUCAGAAUAUUGUCCAAAUGAUGUCUUUAAACGAGAUACGGAAGAUUGUAAUGAUGGAGAGUCUUAUUGUUAUCAAGGGUCAUGUCGUUCGCAUACUGAUCAGUGUAAAAUAUUAUGGGGUCCGUCUGGUGCAUCAUCAGAACAAUGUUAUGAAAAGAAUAUUAAUGGCAGCAGACAUGGAAAUUGCGGAUAUGAUAAGUUCAAGAAAGAAUAUCUCACAUGUCAGCCUCAAGAUGCAAAGUGUGGGAUGUUACAAUGCCGUCAUUUAAACGAACGUUUGGAAUUUGGAAUGGAAUCUGUAGCUGUUUUAUCACACUCGUUUAUAAAUCAUCGUGGGAGUAUUGUGCCGUGUCGUACCGUAGUAAUUGAUCUUGGAUUACAGUUUGUUGAUCCUGGUUUAACGCCGGAUGGUGCAAAAUGUGCUGACAAUAAAAUGUGUGUAAGUCAAAAGUGCCUUUCAAUUGAUAGUCUCAGGUCAGACGGAAGAGUUUUGGAAUGUCCCAAUUGUAAUGGAAAUGGAAUCUGCAAUUCAAAAGGUCAUUGUCAUUGUAAUGAUGGAUAUGAACCGCCAUUUUGUGAUGGACCAGGAGUUGGUGGUUCUAUUGACAGUGGUCCUGCUAGUGAUCCUGAUAGCGGAAGAUUCUUUACAAAGCUUAUGUAUAUUUUCUUCAUCGGAGUUAUACCUUGCUGCUCACUAUUCGCUUUGUUCAUCUAUUAUUGGCGGCAGAACAAUUUCCAGCUACUACGAAAAUCCCCAAAUUUGCCAAAACCGAAUAUCAAGCAUCACAUUGCGAAAGGUUCUGGAUCUCCACAAACUCCAACAUUCACUUCAUCCUCAACUAAUUCUCCUGAAGAUAUAAAUUCCUCGCUUUUACGUCCGACAUCGGAUGUUGAAAAUAACUUUUUGUUUGGAAAGUUUAAAGGAUUUACAUUGAAGCCGUUGCCUGAUAAGACAAAUGCUAGUAAUUCCCCAAAAGUUGCGUAUGUUCAGCCUGUAUCUAAAUCAGUUAAUGACGAUGAUUUACACAUCGUACCGUCGAGAGAAGCCCCGCCACCUCCAAUACCGAAACAUCAAGGUGUCAAUUCUCAAAUCGAUAAAUUUAAUAAUCUUGCUGCACCUCCAGCACUGCCACCUUUAAAUAAAGGAUCAACAGCUCGACCACUUAUUUCAAAUCCAGUUCUUGAGACAUCGACAAGUAAUGCAAAAGAAUUACCAUUAAAUGUUAAGCAACAAUCAAAUAGCCUUCGAUCGGCUCCAUCGCCACCACUAUCAACUGUUCAAAGUUACGAUUCACUUGUGCCUGAUGUUCUUAUAAAUCCAAUUGCAACUGUUGAGCCAAAGAAACCAAAAGAUGGGACAUUAAGUAGGAUACAAUCAUUCUUAAAGAAAGAUAAGCAGCCUGAAAAGGUUCAGAAACAGCUACAAAAGAUUGAUAAAGAUAAAUUAAAGGAUAUCCAGAUAUCCUCACCUAUCAUGAUCACUCAAGUUCCUUUAAAAGAUGCUGACGAUGUGUCCACAGCUGAACGUAAAGCUAAUCUUAAUCGUGCACAGUCAAUGCGUGAUCCACCAUCACCACCAAUCCAAAAACCUUCAUUACAGUCAUUCGGUUCAAUGAGAAAUCCACGACCGAAAAGUAUUGUCGAUCGACCAACAUUGCCACCUCCUCCAAGACCUGUUCAAGCUAGUACGACUAGCGUUGAAAAGCCAAAUAAUGUCUACGAUGAGACUAGAGAAGCUGGAACUCCUGAUAAUAUAUAUGCAGUCAUUGAGGAAUCACCAAUGUCACCACCAAAACAGCAAGGAUCUAUUGAGAGUAUGGGACUGCUUGGAGAAAUUGUGAAUGAGAUUGAAAGCAGGAAGUUUGAUGCGAUUUAUAUAGCAUCAACACUUAAGAAGAGUCCAGAUGAUUCUCUAUAUGCGAAUGUAAAGACACCGGUUGAAGAUGACUAUCAGCCUGAAUCAAAUGCAAGUACGACAUCGAGUGGUUACAUGAAACCAAUUACGGCACCUGUUGCUCGAAUUCCACCAUCACAAUCAUUAAAUAAAAUGCCUUCAACUACGAGUAGUAAUAGCUUAAGUAGCUUUAAGUCAGCUAAAAGUUCAUCUGGUCCUACAUCCGACAAAAGUAUCACCAGUCCUCAAGAUUCUGUGACAAGUCCUACACAACCCAAAGUAGAUACUAAAAUGAAAAAGUCAUCAAGUGAUUUAGCUAAGAAAACAGCACAAGAUAGUGAAUAUAAGACACCUACAUCCAAUAAACCAAUAACUGAGGACACGAAACGUCCAAUUCUUAAGAAAACAGCAACUCCUCCAUCAAUUACGUUACCGAAGAAAACAAUAAGUUCUAGUAUUAGAAAACGAAGUCCAAGUCCAAAAGGAACUACAGCAGCAUCUAGUUUAUCAAAAAAUCCAUCCAAACCUAAAACAUUUAGCAAACCGGCAGUCACGAGUAGCACAAAAUCAACAACAUCAGCUUCAACCGCAAAAACACCAUCGAGCUUAAGCAAUGGCAGCAUAAAAACACUGUCUUCAGCAUCAACAAAUAAAACGCUUAGUGCAGCAGCAAAUAAGAAAUCAAAUGUAGCAGCUUUACAGCAAAAGUUUGAAAGUGCAAAUAAUCCAAAAUGAGAUAGGAAUAAUAAUGAAGGUCGAGUUAAUUAGUGGAAUUAAUGUGUGCUCAAAAAGUCUAGAGUUGGAAAUGUUUAAGUGAUGAGGAAUGUUAAGGUUUUAAAUUGUAAGGUCGGUGAUUUGAAGAAAAGUUGAUAAGACUAGUCGAUCAAUGCCCUAAAUUACACUUUAAACAUGAUUUGUGAUAUUGCAUACAUCCCUAAUGAAAUAGAGCACAUCAACUUAUUAGGGACAGUUCCUCACUCUUGACUAUAACUAGUAAUACCGUUGGAAAAUAAAGCCUUAUUUAAAAAAGAAGAGUUUUAAUCAAAAUUCUAAAUUUUGAUACAAAUUAUGUCUUCUUUUUUUUACGUCAGGAUAGAGGAUGUUCACUUAUUAGGUAACGCUUUUAAGAGGGUGUAUAAUAAGUGAACAGCCUUAUAGAACUUUUAUUAUUUUGAAGAAAAAUUUAGAGAAAAGCCUUUAAAAAAGGAAAAAUGAAACUUCCGAUAGACAGAAAAAAUAUUAUAAAAAUAUUGUUAAAGCUUGAAAGUUGUGUAUGUUUAUGAUGGAUGUACCAAGUAGUUCUUUUUCCUCUAAUUUCUUAUGAGGGGCGUCAGUAUGAAUAUAUUUGUGGGGCACUGUGCAUUUCUGACUUAAAAUUAUCCUGAAUUUAAAUUUAAGUAGCUGAAUUAGAUGCAAAAAGGAUUUUAACGUUCAUUUUGAAUUUGAAAAUUUCGCAUCAAUCAUUUUCGCUUUAUUUUCAAACUUAAAAUGUUCUGUUAAAUGAUGCGAACAAUUUAGAUUAAAAAAAUGAUUUUAACGUUCAUUUUGAAUUUGAAAAUUUCGCAUCAAUCAUUUUUGCUUUAUUUUCAAACUUAAAAUGUAAUGUUAAAUGAUGCGAAUAAUUUAGAUGUAAAAAUGAUUUUAACGUUCAUUUAGAAUUUGAAAAUUUCGCAUCAAUCAUUUUUGCUUCAUUUUCAAGCUUAAAUGAUGCGAACAAUUUAGAUGUAAAAAUGAUUUUAACGUUCAUUUUGAAUUUGAAAAUUUCGCAUCAAUCAUUUUUGCUUUAUUUUCAAACUUAAAAUGUAAUGUUAAAUGAUGCGAAUAAUUUAGAUGUAAAAAUGAUUUUAACGUUCAUUUUGAAUUUAAAAAUUUCGCAUCAAUCAUUUUCGCUUCAUUUUCAAGCUUAAAUGAUGCGAACAAUUUAGAUGUAAAAAUGAUUUUAACGUUCAUUUUGAAUUUGAAAAUUUCGCAUCAAUCAUUUUUGCUUCAUUUUCAAGCUUAAAUGACGCGAACAAUUUAGAUGUAAAAAUGAUUUUAACGUUCAUUUUGAAUUUGAAAAUUUCGCAUCAAUCAUUUUUGCUUUAUUUUCAAACUUAAAAUGUAAUGUUAAAUGAUGCGAAUAAUUUAGAUGUAAAAAUGAUUUUAACGUUCAUUUAGAAUUUGAAAAUUUCGCAUCAAUCAUUUUUGCUUCAUUUUCAAGCUUAAAUGAUGCAAAAAAUUUAGAUGUAAAAAUGAUUUUAACGUUCAUUUAGAAUUUAAAAAUUUCGCAUCAAUUAUUUUUGCUCCAUUUUCAAGCUUAAAAUUUUCCGUUAAAUGAUGCAAAUAAUUUUGAUGCAAAAAUGAUUUUAACGUUCAUUUUGAAUUUGAAAAUUUCGCAUCAAUUAUUUUUGCUUCAUUUUCAAGCUUAAAAUUUUCCGUUAAAUGAUGCGAACAAUUUAUUUGUAAAAAUGAUUUUAACGUUCAUUUUGAAUUUCAAAAUUUCGCAUCAAUCAUUUUUGCAUCAUUUUCAAGCUUAAAAUUUUCCGUUAAAUGAUGCGAAAAAUUUAUUUAUAAAAAUGAUUUUAACGUUCAUUUUGAAUUUGAAAAUUUUGCAUCAAUCAUUUUUGCUUCAUUUUUAAGCUUAAAAUUUUCCGUUAAAUGAUGCGAACAAUUUAUUUGUAAAAAUGAUUUUAACGUUCAUUUUGAAUUUGAAAAUUUCGCAUCAAUUAUUUUUGCUUCAUUUUCAAACUUAAAAUUUUCCGUUAAUUGAUGCAAACAAUUUGAAAUUUUGAAGUUUUUGUUUGAAAAAAGAUGCGAAAAAUUCAAAUUUUAACUCAACUGUCAAAAAAUUUCAACUAUUCAAAAAUCAUUUCAACUUCAUUCUUAUUAGAUUCGCAAAAAAAUUUCAUAAUUGGACCAAUAAUAGUUCAUAUUCCAUAUAAUUCCUAAAUAUAAUAAAAACUACUCAACCCAAAAAUGAUCACACUGACGUCUUUUAUGGAAAACAUAUUUUGUAGAAAUUGUAAUAAUUGUUUCGAAAUAGACUUUAUUAAAUUAAUAAUUCAUAAGUAAUUUUAAGAAAUAUUUGUCCAGUUCUUUUGUCAAUAUGUCAAAUUGACAAAGUGCAUUAUUGUUAAGCAUUUUCUCUACACAUGCUGGUGCAUAAAUAAUUUUAAAAAAAUCAUGAAAAAGAUAUACUUAAAAUAAAAUCUAACAUUAUUGUUCUUUUUCCAAGAAAUCAACUCUUUUUCAACAUUUUUAUUUGACUGCAACUGAAAUAAAUCACUGCUUUUGUGUAUUGAUAAAUUUCUAUAUUUAAGAAUAUACGGUGGGAAGAACAAUAUGAUGAUUGAUAGUUGUUACGUUUUUUUGUAUAUAGAGAACCAAAGAUUAUUGACAAAAAAUAAACAUGUAUUAAAAGUGAUUUUAUAAUUUUUUCGAAUAAAAGUCAUUUCAUCGCUGAUGCAAUUUAA